AAACUCCCAGAACUGAGCCUCUACUUUAUUCAAUCCUCUUUGGCAUCAGCCAUUAUCAUCCAUUUGUUUUCGGAGCAUUCUCCCCCAUUCUCUCAAGAACUACUACGAAUCACCAACGAAAACGUCAGAAAAUCUCGAAAAUCUUCUCGCGACCAAAAAUAACUCGACCCAAAGUGUUAACUCGUCACCUCGAAGGCUGAAUUGAAAUUCAAGCCAAGUGCAAGUGCAAAAGCUCUGGGCUUUUGGUGAAACUCAGUGGCUAAUAACUUGUUGGAGCCUCAAUUGGGCUGUGUGUUUCCUGUUGAAGUGUUAAGACCACGCCCGCAAAAUAGGUCUGUCAGAUACAGCGGUUAUGGACAUGGUGAUCACAAAUUUACAACAGCAACGUCAAGUGACUGAGCAGCUGAGGCGUGAAGCUGCUAUCAAGCGAAUAACAGUGAGUAAAGCUGUUGAAGACAUCAUGAAGUAUAUUACUGAGCAUGAGCAGGAGGAUUGCCUGCUCGUUGGAUUCUCAUCGCAGAAAUCCAAUCCCUUCAGGGAGAAAAGCUCCUGCAUUGUUCUCUAACGAAGACUCAGGGUUCGACUGCUGUCAGAUGCUCGAGCUCUGCGAUUUACUUGAGACGACAGCAUGGGAAUUUCCUUCAGGGGUUGACAUAGGUUUAAGAAUAUUAUCAACUUAUUGUCGUUGCCAAAAUGUUCGAUGUCGUUUCAAUUAUUUUAGAGAUUUCUCAUGCAUAUGAUUAUAUAAGAUUGUAUUCAUGAUAACGAUUAUGUAUUUAUUUUGUCUAUCAUCGGUUAAUCAAUGUUUUAUCAACAUCCAAGUUUAAUUAACAGGCUCAAUAAUUGAUUGGGUAUUUGUAUUGUUCAGAUAUUUGCUCGUGUCUUUUCAUUCGAAUAAUUUGAUUGUUCAUUGCGACCUGGUAAUUAAUGUCGGAGAGGCAAGUUUGCGGUCCGGUUCAUUAGUAUAGAUCGAUGGAUACAAUCUAAUUAACGACCAGUGUGUACGUAAAUGUUUGCAUAGUCUAUUCGGUACGUUGAUGUGACCUACAGCUGCUCUAAACGUCGAUACAUGAAUCAAAACUCACUCUUCCAAUAUUCGUACUGGGUGCGGAAAUGCUAAUUCUGGGGAUAAUCGGCAAUCUCUGUACAGCUGUCAUGCUAUUGUGGCUGGUUUCCUCGGUUUGUCCAUCAUUGCGGUUUUCGUCAUCGAUGGUCAUCUGUUUCAAAUAGGCUAGCACUAUUUUUCUAAUUGAUUAUUUUUUUUUGCGCCAUUAUUGGGGAAUAUCAAGACUGAAUUUAUGGAAUUAUUCUCGCACAAAAACAAACCGCACCCGAAUUUAUCUAAAAGUUUAUUAAUGUUCGUAUAUGGAUGUUUAUCAAAUUCAGAGUGAUGAAAAGUGCACUUUUAUGGAAUGUCGCAUAUGAAAGGAUUGAAAUAUGGUGAAUAAAAAAUUGAGUGUAUAAAUCUA